UUUUCAUUUACGACAGCAAACUCCAAUUUUCACUAUAUUGUACGUUUUAAAAAAAAAUUAAUAUAAAACAGCAAGUUUCUACAGACUUUUUGAGGGUAGAUGUGUACCGCUUGACUUAGAUCUUUGCCCACAAUAGUAAUAGUGUUGUGUGUUACCUAUGCGUUAGGAGUUUGUUUCGCUCUAAUACCAAAGACUCUACUGAUUACGAGAACAGUACAGUAACACGAUGGGACCAAACGCUCACAGCUACUGUUUGCUGCGCGCACGGAACAGUCUCCCCUACGUGCUGCGAACUAUACACCAAUCACACUCGAAACACACCAGAGACAGUGGACGACGCCGGGUGGUGGUAACUGGGCUCGGUGUAGUAUCACCUGUCGGCUGCAAUGUGGAAGCGGCCUGGCAAACGAUCCUCUCCGGUCAGUCAAAAGUUGGUCGACUGGUGGGAGAAACGUACGAUAAGCUUCCCUGCCGCGUAGCGGCCACAAUCGACAAGAACGACAUCGAUCUGGAAAAAUGUUUCUCCAAAACCGAGCUCAAAACGAUGGCACGUGCUACCGCCUUUGCGUUGAUCGCUGCCAAGGAGGCUCUCUCGAGUGCUAGCUGGAUGCCGGCCGUGGAGGAUGAAACCGCCUGCCAGCGCACCGGUGUCGCCAUCGGUAUGGGCAUGGUAGAUCUGAUGGACAUUUGCGAGACGAACGAAGCGCUCAAGAAGGGAUAUAACCGAGUGAGCCCAUUUUUUGUGCCCCGCAUCUUGCCCAACAUGCCGGCCGGACAGCUUAGCAUCCGGUACGGGUUUCGCGGACCGAACCAUGCCGUUUCUACCGCCUGUGCUACGGGUGCCCAUGCCAUAGGCGAUGCGUUCCGCUUCAUUCAGCACGGCGAUGCGGACGUGAUGGUGUGUGGCGGUGCGGAAGCUUGCAUCAGUCCGCUCGGGAUUGCCGGAUUCUGUCGGCUGCGAGCGCUCAGCACGGCGUUCAACGACGAACCGACGGCAUCGUCCCGACCGUUCGACGAGCGUCGCGAUGGCUUUGUGAUGGGUGAGGGGUCGGCCAUUUUCGUGCUGGAAGAGCUGCAGCAUGCCCUGCGGCGAGGAGCACCAAUCUACGGCGAGAUACUCGGGUACGGUUUGUCUGGCGAUGCGUCCCAUCUGACGGCACCGCGGGAGGAUGGGACGGGAGCGCUGUUGGCAAUGCAGCGAGCCCUUGCCGAUGGUGGCGUAACGGUUGCCGACAUUGGGUACGUUAAUGCGCACGCCACAUCGACCCCGAUCGGUGAUGCGAUAGAAGCCCGUGCGAUAAGGACACUUUUCGGGGAGCACACACGGUCGCUGGCGGUUUCGUCGACGAAGGGCGCCCAUGGACAUUUGCUCGGUGCGGCCGGCAACUUGGAAGCGCUGUUCGUCGUGAUGGCCUGCAGGCAUGGUCUGCUUCCGCCUACCGUCAAUCUGCACAACGUAACGGACGAUAUGGCCGGGCUGCAUUACGUGGCGAACAGCUCCGAACCGUGGGAGGGGAAGCACCGUCGGCGGGUGGCGUUGAAAAACUCGUUCGGUUUUGGUGGCACCAACGCCUGUCUCUGCAUUGGUGAAUACAGCGAAUAAACGGUGAACGUUA